CUUCGAAGCCUCUGUAGUUCAAAGCUUGUCGCGUUUAAGCUUUCGAUAGCAGUGCUGGAGGUGAUCCUUUGUUUGCGCCAAGGUUCAUACGAGCCAAGGUCCAUAAGAUCCAGUGUCUAUCGACAGGCGACACUUGGCUGGCAGGUACUAAGAGUUGUAGGACGUCCGCAUUCCUGUUAUCUGCUCCUUCGCAGGCGACUCGUAUCCCAAUUGCAGUCCGCGACGGACGAUUUUUCAUACUUCGCCAAAGUAAAGCGGUCUAUUUCCCAUCAUGGAUCCAUUAACAACAGCGUACAACACGAUCCUCCUCAUCAAGGAUGCGGUGAUGGCAGUUCGCGCAAAAGAGAAAGCAUGUGCACGGCUAUGUGAGAGAGCGGAGAGAGCCACUAUGAGUAUGAGGACUUUGGCGGAUAGGACAGGAGGAUGUUUAGAACCCGGGGCCGCAGCGCAAGCGGAGGCCUUUUGCCAGCUGCUCGCAAAGAUCCUCAAAUACAUGAACAAACUCAGCAGCAAAUCCUUCCUUCACCGAUUCGUCACGCUCCACGUCCUGGACAUGGAACUAGACGAUCUGCAAGAACAGCUUGAAUACAUCUCCAACGACCUUCACUUCGCCAUCGGACUCGACACCCGCGGCCUCCACGAACAAGACGUUGCCGACCGCAAAGCCGACGCACAAGCCCUUGAAGCUCAGCUCGCAGCCCUUGCAGCAGAUCAGCAACGCAUGCUCGUCGCAUUAGGCGUUCAGAAUAAAGACUACCUGGAAGCGUUGGAAGCGAUGAAGAAGGCGAUGGUUGGGUUGGAGGAUACAAGCGUCGAGGCCCGGUUCGCUAAAGCUGCGUAUGGCGCGUUGGUGCGGGCGUCGGGAGGGAUGGUGCCUGAAGUCAAAGAAUGGACAAUCACGUCCUAUGAAGUUGAGGUGGGCGAGCCGUUUGCCCGCGGAGGGUUCGGAGAGGUUUGUUUGGGGACUUGGAGGGGCUUGACCACCGUUGCUGUCAAACGGCUCCCGUCGGGGUUCGAGAGCAAUAAACAGAAGAAGGCGUUUAUUGCGGAAGUGGAGGUUUGGUACAAGUUGAGGCACCCGAAUAUCAUGCUCUUGCUUGGCGCGUGUCCGAGUGCGCCGCAGCCUUUCAUGAUUAUGCCGUUUAUGGAAAAUGGAACACUACUCUCAUACUCUGAGAAGCAUCCCGAACAAACCUUGAAACUCCUUCACGAAUCCGCCCAAGGCCUUCAUUACCUUCACACCAGUAACAUCGUUCACGGAGACCUGAAAGCCGUCAACAUCCUAGUGGACGCAGCGGGCAUACCCAAACUGGCAGAUUUUGGAUUUUCCAUCCUGAAGCAGAACGGGAAGAGUACGUUGAAAGCACGGACAAUUCAGGGACUUAGCGGCGGAACGGUGCGCUGGAACGCGCCUGAGAUCUUGGAGGGUGGGAGAGUAAAUUUCCAGUCGGAUGUUUAUGCUUUUGGAAUGGUAAUGUGGGAAGUCUUCAGCGGCGGCGAAAUCCCCUUCCCCAACAUCACCAACGACCUCAUCGUCAUGUCCAAAGUCGUGGCGGGUCUCCGCCCCGACCGCCCCCUAACCUGCGACGACCUUAUCUGGGACCUCAUCACCCAAUGCUGGACCAACGAACGCGCCCAUCGCCCCGCCAUGCAUUCCGUCGCGAGCACCCUGGCGAGGAUCAUGGGGCGCAGCAGCCGACGGGAGAGUUUUGGGGCUAGUAUGGGUGGGAGUGCAAGGACGUCAGUGAUGGGGUUACCGGAGUUUGGAUUCCCGGCGGUGACGCCUCGACCGCAGAUUGCCCAGGCACCGUCGUUUAGGUUGCAGGGGAUUACGGAGGUGGGGCAUUCCGCCGUGCCAUCGGAAUUCGCGGCGGAACCGGAGAGUUAUGACCACUCGUUGGCGGCUUCGCAUGUAAGGGGCAUGCAUAGGAGCACGUCGUUUCGCGAGGAUAUGGGAGCUAUGCCGAUACAGAGGAUGGAGGCGACGCCCAAGAGCGCUUCCUUUCAGAGCUUGCAGGACGCUGUGCAUCAGGAACAUGAGGAGUUUCCGAGUCCUCAUCGACCUGGGUCUGCGUUUGGACCUGCGGCUGUGGCGGGUGUUGGACUGUCACCGAAUGCUAGGUUUGAACAGCCAAGUGGUGUGACACCUGCAAUGGCGUAUGGUAAUGUCGGGCAGUUGGGCUACCAAGCACCGAUACCGAUAUCGGGGCAUACACCGGAAAGGUCGCGGUCACCGUCUUUCAAUAACGUUGAUGCGGCGCGACUGGUGGAGAAAGCCGCGCAUUUUGUGUAUCACAAUGCAGACCCAACGCCGGUGAGGCCGACCGCUCCUGGUUGGGAGCAUGAACAAGGAUACCAGCAGCCGCCACCACCAGCGUACCGUUCGGGCCCAUCGGCACACCCUCAGUACGGGAUCCCGCAGAGCGCCUCGUUCAGUAAUCACACGUAUCUACCGUCAAAUCCACCCUCAGCUCCGCCACAAUCGGACCAUGCCGCAAACACGGGAAGUAUCGAGCGACCUGAACAGAGAAGGCCACAUCCCCCGAGUGUACCCACCUUCCAAUACGACUACUCAGAGAGCGGUGAGGUGUUACCCGCGCUGGCUCCUGCGGGGAAUAUCGAGGCUGAUAGGGUUGUUGCGGUGCCACAGAAGGACGCGAAGAAUGUGUCUGCGUCGCGGUUACCUGUUCCGGUAAACAAGGCGAAUGCGAAAGGAGGGGACGGGCUGUCGGUCUCGCGUGAUGUGCUGGACUCGUCAAAUCUGGAUGAGAGUGAGUUGCAGGAGGCUGGGUUUGCACAGGGGCGCCAAAAACCCAACGGGGCUAGCGAACCGGAUCUGAAGGGCAAAGAGAAGAAGAAGGAGAAGAAGAAGAUGACCUUGAAGCGCAAAUGCUGCAUUGGCUUUUCGAUCUUCGCCGUGCUUGCUGUGGCCGUGUUUGCGGUCGGGGUCGCGGGCUUCGCGACAGGAAAGGGGUUCUUCUUUUCGAAGACGGCCGCCAAGCUCUUUCAGGAGGCCACUGGGAGUGGUGUGGAUGCUAGCGGGACGUCAUCUUCAUCAUCGUCGACGACCUCCGCUGCUCCCGCGGCUGCAACAGCCGCCGACUACACGACAACGUCGGUAUGUGCCGGCAUGGUUCCCAAAUCCGUAUACGACGGCACCAACGUCCAGCAAUUCCCGCUCGCCUUUCCCAAUACCGCACUCGGAAAUACGGGUUAUCGCAAGGUUUGGGCUUUGUCCUCGCCUUGCGGGGCGCUGGUUACCGUGACGGAUACCUCCGACACCAGCGCGAAUUACUGGACUACCGUGUCUGUCUACCGCUUCCCGCCCGCUCCUGCCAGCCUGACUUCGCCGACAGCGCAGGCGACCGCACGGCUUUCCAAACUAUUGUAUAUGGUAGAUCUGGACAGCACAGCGACGCUGUUAAGCUGGAGUGACCUCAACAGCGUUUUCCAAAUCAAUCUGUCAACAAAUGUGCAGAAAACAUACGCACUUAAUGUACCGAUCAAGCGGAUAUUGCAGACCCUGGACGACAGCCGUUUUUUCGCGCUCCUCAACAACGGCACCAUCGUGGAAUGGAAAUACGGUGCCGCGGCUCCGACACGGCUGCACGGGCCAGCUACCGUAACCCGUUCGGACAGUCUCAACCCAUUCAUCACCGCGCUCUCCUACAACGGCGAGUGGCUCGCCUUCUCCCCAACAUCAACCACCAUCGCGAUCGUCGACGUCGCGACAGGCACGGGUUACGCACAGCUCAACCUCACAGGUAUCCCACUCGCCUUCACCCGGGACAAAACCACAUUGUUCUGGCAGUCCUCACCCACGACCUUCCAACGCUACGACCUCACCUCUCGCACAUCAGUCAAGACCUACGCGCCCCCCAACGCCGAUUGGACCGAUCUCACCUCACAAAGUAUCGCUAUCACAUCCGACAGCAAAUAUAUCUUCACGAUCGUCGGUAAUCACCCUUCGGGCACGUCGUCGUAUACCUAUAUGGUUGUGCAGUGGAACGCCAACACGGGCGUGUAUAAGGUGGUGGAUGGGACGAAGGUAUCGAGUAGCACGGUCGCGACGGGGAUGAGGGUUGAGGUGACGAGUGAUGACCGGUAUUUGGUGUGGGCGGUUGCGGGGACGGUGGGGGUGGGGAGUUAUGAUCGGGCUCUGUAGUGUAGGUAGCGGUAGGAUUUUGUAGGGGUAGACGGAGAAUUAGGGGUAGAGUAAUGCAGAUGUGCGUCGGGAAGUAGCU